AUGCCGCAGCGAGGUCUCAAGACCAAAGCCAAGGCCAAGACGUCGAACCCGGCGCACCCGCCAGCUUCCGACUACAAAACCAUCGCCAACGAAUGGGCCAAAGCGAAACGUAUCCAGGCCGCCAGCGAUGCCGAGGCCGAGGCUCUGGGGCUGCCGUCGCAACGAGAAGCUGCGCAGGCUCUUCGGAACAAGCUCAACCGACUGCGACAUGAUUCCUACCAGCGCCGCUGGUGGUGGACCGUCGCCUUUUGGGCGUGGCUGCUCGUGAUCCACGCCGUGGGCAUUUGGCUGUUUACCAGUGGCUUCUUGCUCACGCGGCUGGUCCUGGAAGACAAGUCGAGCUGCGCAGUACCGCCAAUCGACGGUGAGAUGGCGCCCUUGAGCAUCGACAAAGGUUGCUGGCAUCCCAAGACGUUUGAGCGUGCCGUCGUCAUCAUCGUUGAUGCUUUGCGGUAUGACUUUACUGUUCCCCAGGACCCGGCUCAGCAGCACGACUUCCACAACGCUUUCCCGUUCCUGUACGAGACUGCCGCCGAGUUCCCCCGCAAUGCCUUCCUACGACCCUUCAUCGCCGACCCGCCCACGGCUACCUUGCAGCGACUGAAGGGACUGACCACUGGCACCUUGCCCACCUUUGUCGAUGUGGGGAGCAACUUUGCCGGGUCGGCCAUCGACGAGGACAACAUUCUCAUGCAGCUCAAGAAGGCUGGCAAGAAGAUUGCGCACUUGGGCGACGAUACGUGGGUUUCCCUGUUCCCCGGCUACUUUGAACCGAACAUCAGCAGAGCCUACGACAGCUUCAACGUGUGGGAUCUGCACACGGUGGACGAUGGCGUGAUUGACAACAUAUUCCCCCUGAUGAACCCCGAGGCUGAGGGUCAGUGGGACCUGCUGAUCGGACAUUGCUUGGGCGUUGACCAUGCUGGUCACCGCUAUGGGCCAGACCAUCCCGCCAUGACGGCCAAGUUGAGGCAGAUGGACGACUUUAUCCGCCGACUGACUUCUGAAAUCGACCAACACACACUGCUUGUCGUCAUGGGUGACCACGGCAUGGACAGCAAAGGCGACCACGGUGGCGAAAGCGACGACGAGGUCGAAGCUGCCCUGUGGAUGUAUUCAAAGACGCCCAUAUUUGGGCGCACCUUGCCCGAAUUCCUCACCCCUCCUGCUACCGCCAAGAUCCGGCCGGUCAACCAGAUUGAUCUGGUCCCAACGUUGUCGAUUCUGCUGGGAAUACCCAUUCCGUACAACAGCUUGGGUCGCCCGAUCGAGGAAGCCUUUUGCGGACCCAACGGCGACGACUGGGCAAAUCUUGCCGCCGUCUCCCGCAUGGCGUCUGCCGGCAUUGAGAGGUAUCAGGCGUCUUACUUUAGAGCUCGCGGCAUGACUCGGGGCUCUGAAGCGGACUCCCCUGCGGCUCUGUGGGCGGAGGCGACAAAAGUGCCAACGCCACCCCACCACGAGGACGCGUACAAGGCCUUCACCAGGUUUCAGGAGAGGACUCUUGGGGUUUGCAAGGACCUGUGGGCUCGAUUCGACGUCCCACGCAUGAUGUCGGGGAUCGUCGUCACAGCUGUCGGAGCUGUGCUCUUGAUGAUGUACGGUUCGCGCGAGCAGGAGGAUGAGUUUGUUGUCAUGAAUGACGUCGAGCUUGACUACGCCGAGGCCAGGUUGGAAGUCGUCGAUUUCAAGGGCGAUGGAGCGGACCCUCAUGUUGACCAGUUCUAUCACAAGAAGAUGCUUCGCAGGCUGUGGGACCCCCGGUUCGUCUUCAUGGUUGGAUCCCUCACUGCUGCCGCGUUGUACAGACAGCAGCAGCGGAUCGACGCUGUGGCCACGGCUGUCGUGCUGCUGAUGUUGACCGCUGUUGGCGUCUCGCUUCACGGCUGCGGCAAGACGCUGGGGAGCCUCGUGCCGCGAACGUUUUGGGGCUGGCUCUCCGUCAUCUUCACCCUCAGCCACUCCCUCGGCUUCGCAUCCAACUCGUACACCAUCUGGGAGGAUCAGAUUCUCCUCUUCUUCAUCGCGACCUUUGGCCUGGCCGCCAUUGUUUCGUCGCUGAGGCUCGAGUCCAAAGUUGAUCGAACAAUGGCCGUGUACCACUCUGUCGUGUUCAUCUUGCUCGGUCGGUUGGCGUCGUACUCGAAGCUGUGCCGCGAGGAGCAAAUGCCCUUUUGCGUGUCGACAUACUACGCCUCCGUCACCACGACUGUGUCUGCGCCUUGGCAGCUCAUCAUUCCUUUUGCUGUUUCCGUCGCGCUCCCUUCCAUUGUCAAGUCGUUCCUUACCCCCUCGGGGUCCUACGAAGGCCUGGCGCCGACCUGGAUUGGCUACGUGAUGAGGACAGGCUUGCUCAUGUCUGCGGCGUACUGGACCAUCGACGCCGCCAACAACGGAUCCUGGCUCGACGGCAGACUGACCGAGGCUGCUCUCAAGUCCAUCGGCGUCUACCUGGCCCAGGUUACCCUCGCGCUCGCCCUGGUAGCAGGGACGACUGCUUUUAUCUGGGCGCCGCCCAGCGUCUCCAUCGUCUCGACCUUUUCGAAAUCGGGCCAAGCCCGCGUCGCCAUCCUCGGAUACAGCAACGUGCUGGGGUCGCGCUAUCUUCUCCUGCCGCUCAACAUGCUCGGGGCGUGCCUGCUCCUUACCAAGCCCAUGGGCUCGGGAGCGCUCGCGCUGAUGAUGUGGCAGGUGCUUUCCCUGCUCGAGAUCGUGGACCUCGGCGCCAUCAAGACGGAACCCAUCGGGCCCGUGAUGCUUGCCAUACUCGGCAACUUUUACUACUUCAAAACAGGCCACCAGGCCACGCUAUCCAGCAUCCAGUGGGACAGCGCCUUCAUCCCCCUGUUCAGCAUCCGGUAUCCCUGGACGCUGAUUGUCGUGACGCUCAACACGUUUGGAGGCCAGGUGCUCGCGGCCGUGUGCGUCCCCCUCCUGACCAUGUGGAAGGUCGGACCCAAGCAAAAGGGCGUGCUGGAGGCGGUGACGAGGAGCCUGGCCGUCUUUGUGGCCUACUACGUGGUGGAGGCGCUGGCGACCAUGAGCUGGGCCGGCUGGCUGCGGAGGCACCUGAUGCUGUACCGCGUCUUCAGCCCGCGAUACAUGAUGGCGGCGGUGGUGCUGCUGACGCUGGACGUGGUGGUGCUGCUGGUGGCGCUGACGGGGGUGAGGACCAACACGCUGUCGGUUGGCGAGGUGUUUGGAUGGGCGGACUGA